ACAGGGCGGAGCGGUGGCGGCGCUGCUGGGCUGGCGGGCGGGCGGGCGGCAUGGGGCUGUGAGCCGGCCGGGCAGCGCCCAGGCCCGUGCCCGCCAUGCCAGGCAAAGCCCAGCACUUCCAAGGCCCCCAGGUCAGCUGCUGCGCCAAGUACCUGCUCUUCGCCUCCAAUGUGCUCUUCUGGUUGCUGGGGACAGCCUUCAUGGCCAUUGGUCUGUGGGCAUGGGCAGAAAAGGGCGUGCUUUCCUUGGUUCAGAGCCAUCCAUCACAGAAUUCAAAGGCUUGGACCCCGGUCUGGCUGUUCCUUGUGCAUCGAGGCGACAUGUUCGUGCAAGAAGCUUUAUGUAUUAAGGUCUUGAGGGAGAACACUUUUCUCCUCAAGUUUUUCUCAGUGUUCCUGGGGCUUAUAUUUUUCCUGGAGCUAACAGCUGGAGUCCUGGCCUUCAUCUUCAAGGACUGGAUCAAAGACCAGCUAAACUUCUUUAUCAACAACAACGGCUGGCACCACCGUGAUCAUUAUUACUGGUCUUGUUGUGGUGCUCAUGGGCCGAACGAUUGGAACUUCAAUAUUUACUUCAACUGCACGGACUCCAAUCCCAGCCGGGAGCGCUGUGGAGUACCCUUUUCCUGCUGCGUCAAAGAUCCUGCGGAGGAUGUUCUCAACACUCAGUGUGGCUAUGAUGUCCGCCUUAAACUGGAGCUGGAGCAGCAGACUUUUAUCCACACCAAGGGAUGUGCUGUCCAGUUUGAGAAAUGGCUCCAGGACAACCUCAUUGUGGUGGCUGGCACUUUUGUGGGCAUUGCUCUGCUCCAGAUCUUCGGUAUCUGCUUAGCUCAGAACCUAGUGAAUGACAUUAAUGCUGUGAAGGCCAACUGGUGACACUGGAACAGGACCUGGGCCGUCUUCCACAGACUCACAGCACCCUCUGCAAAACUGGAGCCACGAUCCCAGCCACAACCACUGAGGGAUGGGUUGCCAUCUAGCAGCUGGGGUGUUUGUGUAUCUAUGUGUGUUUGUUUGGAGCAGAUGCUGCCAGUGUUAAUGGCUGCCUGGUGCCCUUCCAUAGCUUUCUCUUCCUAGUUGUGGCAUCCAUACCAUAUGAGUUGUGGGUGGCAACGUGAUAGUAUUUAUAUAGGCCAUUCUGUUCAGGGAUCCCUCCACCCCUGGUGUGGUCUGUGGAGCCAGGGAGCCAGUGGUACCUGCAGACCAAAGGUGUGUGAAGGCCAACCGAGAUAGAGGCAGUUUUGAAGUGUGUAGGUUGCCACCAACGUCUACUGUUGAUGAGAAAUGGCCCAUGUGGCUUUCCAUUCGGAAUCUGGUUGAAUCCAGACUCCUGUUCAUCUGCUUAGAGCAGCCCCUAUGCUCCUGCCCUCUCCUCCCCAGUCUCUACUUGAAUUUUCUGGGCUCCUUCCCACUACGUGGCUUGGGCCAGCUUGCCACCUGGGAAUUGGGAUGGGGAGAUGUGAGGUUGUGCUCCCUUGUGCAAAUGGAGAGCAAAUUCCACUAUCUUAUCCUGGGAUCACAGUGCUAAUCUCUGUUUUCCCUGUCUUGAGAGCUGGGACCAAGCCCAAAGGGGUUCUAUAGGACAAGAUGCUGCUGUACCUCAUUUUGCCAUAGCAACUCUCAGCCAUGCCUGCUGGGUUAGUCCUCCCUCUCCCAGUUAUACUUCUGUGCACAUUCAAGAUGGGAUGCAGUGUGCCCAGAUGGAACCAAGCAUGGGGCCAUCCGCACUUCCCUACUCGAGAGACACAAUGAGAGAGAGAGAGAAAGGAGAAAUCUGUGCAAAAGCCAUGCUGGGCCAAAAACUAAAAUGUGACACUGUAAAAAAGAGAUAUAAAAAAAGGCUCUGAGCAGAUGGCAAUGCUCAUUUGUAUAUUUGAACGAGAAAGAAAGACUAUGUGUAUGUGUGCGACUAAUUGGAGCAUCCAUUUCCUUGUGUGGGAAACGUGAUCCUUUUGUAUGUGGUACUUUUUUGAUGCAUCUCUUUGCCAUGGGGAGGAGGAGUAGACAAGACCUGUUACUAAACUGUACUAAAGUCCAGACUUGAACAAGCAAGAUGUCUUCCCUUGGCCACUUGGUUUGUAGACCAGCAGGGGACCUUGCCUUGGCAUAAGGCAACGAAGACCUUUUGUGCUGAGGGGCUUGUCCGUGCUGCCAGCCUCGAUACUUCUCUUUCUGUCUCCGAUUGGAUUCUGCCAUGUUCCCCUGGAUUCUGCUGCUAAUUGGACUGAUCACAUCAUCUGGGAUUCUGUUGACCUGCUGUCCCCAAUAAAACAAUCCCUAUCAAA